AUGGUCCAGUCCUGCCCUGCGUAUUACCCCUCUGUGAGCCAGAGGGCCGUUCCCCAACCGGCCUGCAAACAUCGUAGGUGGGUGGAGGAUCAAAAGGAGAUUGUGCCCCAAGGAGCCCAAACAACGAUAGAAGACCUAGAGUCGGAACUGCCUCCUCUCCGUGGAAAAGACACCAGUGUUGUCGAGUAUCUCAAGGUUCUGGAGCAGCAUCAUGAUCGACCUGGUGACUUCUGCAACGUGGACGAUAUGCGGUUCAAGCGGCAUGGAUGA